AUGACCCCUCUGCAGGAGGACUUGUUCUCAAGUCUACAUUUAACGGGAAUCGAGAAAAAUGGCGACGCGGCGUGUUAUGGAAGAUGAUCUCAAAAAUGUUGAGUUUGAAACAAGCGAAGAAGUCGACGUCACCCCCACGUUUGACAACAUGGGACUACGCGAAGAGUUGCUACGAGGGAUAUAUGGUUAUGGAUUUGAAAAACCAUCAGCUAUCCAACAAAGAGCAGUGAAACCAAUCACAAAGGGUAGAGAUGUUAUUGCCCAAGCCCAAUCUGGAACUGGUAAAACAGCAACAUUUUCUAUUAGCAUUCUUCAGACGAUUGAAACACAACUUCGUGAAACACAGGCCUUAUGUUUAGCACCCACUCGAGAACUUGCAACACAGAUUCAAAAGGUUAUAUUGGCAUUAGGUGAUUAUAUGAAUAUCCAAUGUCAUGCUUGUAUUGGUGGUACUAAUGUGGGCGAAGAUAUCAGAAAAUUAGAUUACGGUCAACAUGUGGUUGCUGGAACACCAGGCAGAGUUUUCGAUAUGAUUAAAAGAAGAAAUUUAAGAACACGGUCAAUCAAGAUGCUUGUUCUCGAUGAAGCUGAUGAAAUGUUAAAUAAAGGAUUUAAAGAACAGAUUUAUGAUGUAUAUCGAUAUUUACCUCCAGCAACACAAGUUCUAUUAAUAUCUGCCACAUUACCCCAUGAAAUAUUGGAAAUGACAAGUAAAUUUAUGACCGAUCCAAUCAGAAUAUUAGUUAAACGUGAUGAGUUGACGUUAGAAGGUAUUAAACAAUUCUUUGUGGCUGUAGAACGUGAAGAAUGGAAGUUUGAUACAUUGUGUGAUUUAUACGAUACAUUAACUAUUACACAGGCAGUCAUAUUCUGUAAUACAAAGAGAAAGGUUGAUUGGUUAACAGAGAAAAUGAGAGAAGCUAAUUUCACGGUAUCAUCUAUGCAUGGUGAUAUGCCACAGAAAGAAAGAGAAGCCAUUAUGAAAGAAUUUAGAUCUGGUGACAGUCGAGUUCUUAUUACAACUGAUGUCUGGGCAAGAGGUAUAGAUGUACAACAAGUAUCAUUAGUUAUUAACUAUGAUCUACCUAAUAAUCGAGAAUUGUAUAUUCACAGAAUUGGUCGAUCCGGUCGUUUUGGACGAAAAGGUGUGGCCAUCAACUUUGUUAAAAAUGACGAUAUUCGUAUUUUAAGAGAUAUUGAACAGUACUACUCUACACAGAUUGAUGAAAUGCCAAUGAACGUUGCUGACUUAAUCUAAAGAACAUGCACACCAUGAAACAGUCCUGUUAUAAAUCUUAAACAACACAUCAUCAUUUACCAUGUCAUCAUCAUCAUCAUUUGUUUAUAUUCAUCUCAUUUAUAUGUUAUCAUGGCUACAUAGAAAACAACUCUUGUCUAAAACCAACACUCAUAUACUUCAUAUUCAGCACAUGAUCAACAAAUCCAACCCUGGAUAUGUGGCAUCUGUCACAGAUAAUGUUGGGUACAACUUCCAGCUUUGUCAGUUUUUUUUAUACAUCACUGAUUUAUCUAUUUUUAGUUGUUUUAUUUCGUAUGACUAAUGACAUAUCCAGCACAAAUUUAUAAAAUGUCCAGUAUUUGUUCAUUUUGUCAUUAUUGCUAAGCCAGUGAAUUCUACCGACUAAUCACAGGGUUAGCAUAUUGGAGAAUGGAUUAACAUUUUGACAUUACUGUGUACACUAAACCAACUAAAAUGUGCUGAACAUAGUGUUUUGGUUUUUGUCCCUGGUGCAUGUAGAAAGACAUUUUUGGAUUUUAUCCUCUGAGGAUGAUUGGUCAAUUAAUUAAUCCCCCACCAAUGAUUCAAUCAUCAGCCAAGGAUUGGUCAAUUAUUCAAUCCAUUGCCACUGAUUGGUCAAUUAUUCAGUCCAUGGCCACUGAUUGGUCCAUUAUUUAAUCCAUGGCCACUGAUUGGUUAGUUAUAUGCAUACUAUUGGUUUGUUGUCCAAAAUUAGAUUUUGGAACAUUUUCCUGAAAAUGUAGAAUUUACUGUUCUAAUUUAUUUUAUAUGUAAAAUUUAUUCAUUGAUAAAGAUAUUAGUAUUAUUAAUGUCUUAAAUUCAGAUACUAAUGAAUUAUUUUAAAUCAGUAAACAGUUACAGAAAAUGUGAGGUCAUUCAUCCUUUGAUGUUGGGCAUAUCAUUAUUUGAAAUAAUGGUACUGGGCACUUUGCCAAUCAACAUUGACACAUAAGGUCAGGGGUCACAUGAUUUAUUCAUAGACAUGCACCUGUGUGAUAGUACAUUGAAUUUUAAUUUGUCCUCGAACAAUGUCAAAUAGGUGACUGGUGAUAGCAAAAUGAGUCAGAAGCCACAAAUAUUUUACCAUUUAAAUUGUUGAUAUAGGCUAAACAUAACUUUUUAAGGAUAUAACAGGCUAGAUGAAAGUUAAGAUUUGACAAAUAAAGCAAACUAAAAUUUCUUUUUAUAUAUAUUUUUAGCCAAUUUCAACAUUUUUGUUCACAAAUUAUUAUGUAAACGAUGACUUGCGACUUCUGACUCUUGACUGCUGUUACACGUUACAUAUUGAUUAAUAUAUCUCUCUGGACCUUUAAAUCAUACUGAGGCUAACGGUCUAGCUAGGGUGUUUUAAUAUUGUUUAAACACAUCGAGCAGUAUGAAUAUAUUACCAAUAACAUCUGGCUAUAUCUUAAAAUCAUACUGAGGCUAACCGUCUGUGGGGUUUUAAUAUUGUUAUUUGGUUUAUUUAAACACCUUCAACAGUAUCAAUAUAUAAGCAUCUGGCUAUCCACCUUGAAAUCAUACUGAGGCCAACAGUGUUAUCUUAUUUUAAUAUCCAUAAAUUGUCUUCAUUAGCCUAGUCGGUGCAGAAAAGUAGGAUGUUAAACCCCAUUUGAUUGAAUAUUGAUAGAUUUGCGUAUUGAAACUACAAAUUAUUUAAUUGUAUCUUUAAGAUUUGGUCUUUAUUCAUAAAAUAAUAUUUAAGUUGAUGUAAAUAAAGCAUAUUUCAUGUAAAGUCUUUUACUUAUCUGAAUAAAUAUAUUUAGAAACAA